GAUUUCAUGAAAUUUGCCAAGAGGAAUGUUCAACGCCUUGAGAGGAGUAUCAUUUUCUAGCUUCCUCGGCUGACAAGCAUUAUUCUUGCCAAGUGAAGAACUCUUGUCUGUCUUCAUCCAAAACUAGGAUCAAACAACAAUUAAACUAAGCUUGAACAUGAAGGUUGCUGUGAUUGGAGCAGGAGUAAGUGGCUUGACAUCCAUUAAAUGUUGCCUGGAGGAAGGGCUGGCACCCACCUGCUUUGAAAGGAGCGAUGAUAUUGGUGGGCUGUGGAGGUUUUCUGACAAUAUAGAGCAUGGCAGAGGCAGCAUUUAUCAAUCUGUCGUCAGCAAUACGAGCAAAGAACUUAUGUGCUACAGUGACUUCCCGUUCCCAGAAAACUACCCAAACUUUAUUCACAAUUCUAAGAUGUUGGAGUACCAAAGAAAAUAUGCAGAACACUUUAAUCUAGUGAAAUAUAUCCAAUUCAAGACUGUAGUCAUCAGUGUGAAGAAGUGCAAAGAUUUUGAAAACAGUGGGCAGUGGUAUGUCACCACAGAAAAGAAUGGGAAGCAGGAAUCAACAAUUUUUGAUGCGGUCAUGGUUUGUUCUGGUCACCACACCGAUCCGUACUAUCCACUGGAAUCUUAUCCAGGCAUUAAACUGUUUAAAGGAAAAUACUUCCACAGCCGUGAAUAUAAGAAUUCUGAUGACUACAAAGGAAAACGAGUUGUUAUUGUUGGAAUGGGGAAUUCGGCAGCUGAUAUUGCUGUUGAGCUCAGUCGUACUGCUUCCCAGGUGUUUCUCAGUACCAGGAGAGGAGCAUGGGUCAUAAGUCGUGUGUUUGAUCAUGGAUAUCCAUGGGACAUCUGUUUUGAUACGCGAUUUGAGACUUUCAAAAGGAACAGUCUUCUUCCUAUGUCGAUUGUGUCAAGUCUUACUGAGAAAAAGAUGAACGAGUGGUUUUGCCACGCUAAUUUUGGGCUUCAACCUGUUGAUCGGUCACAAUUCAAAGAGCCCUUGCUCAAUGAUGAGCUGCCAAGCCGUAUAACCUGUGGAUUUGUACUGAUAAAACCGUCUGUGUCCGACUUCACUGAAACCGGCGUAAAAUUUAAUGAUGGAUCCAUUGAGGAGAACAUUGAUGUUGUCAUAUUUGCAACGGGAUAUUCUUUUUAUUUCCCAUUCUUAGAUGAAUCGGUCAUCAAAAUGGAAAAAAACACUGUCGCUUUAUAUAAACACAUUGUCCCCCCGACCUUAGAAAAGCCAACACUGGGCAUUAUUGGUCUUCUUCAACCUCUUGGACCUAUAAUGCCAACCUCAGAACUACAGGCACGCUGGCUCACAAGAGUUUUCAAAGGACUGUGCCCAUAUCCUCCAUUAACGGUUGUGAUGGAUGACAUUAGAAAGAAACAUAACAGCUUCAUUAAAAGAUUUGGAACAACAAGGGAGAACCGUUUGCAAGUGGAUUUUGUUGAAUAUGUGGAUGAACUGGCAUCUGACAUUGGUGUAAAGCCCAACAUUUUUUCAUUGUUUCUAUCUGAUCCCCUGCUUGCCAUGGCGCUCUUCUUCGGUCCUUGUACACCAACGCAUUUCCGAUUAGUUGGCCCAGGGAAUUGGAGCCCUGCCAGAGAAAUGAUCUUGACCACAUGGGAUCGAAUUAUAAAGCCUACUAAGACUCGUGUUGUAAAUAAAGGAAAAUCAUCUUUGUCAUUCGUUACCAAAGUCCUUGGAGCUCUUUGUGUCUUGGCGGUUAUUGUAGCUAUGGUCAUGUACAAAUAUUGAUUUCUUUAUGGUACUUUGACCAACCAGCUAUUAUUAAUAUGCUUCUUAUAAAGUGAUUUGAGAUGUUGUCAAAAGAGGUUGUCUGGUUUAGAAAUAAAAUAUUUCCUUUUCUAGACCCACGUCUUUAAAACCGAGAAAAUUGCACCAAAAGAGGGCCUCACUCUGGAGGACCCAACAUGUCAACUCAUUACGAGAAUUGACCAUUGAUUUCCAUGGGAACUGUGUAAUACUCCAUUUUCGUGUGGUGGUGCUGCAGAGGAGUUGAACAUUUUUCUACUGGGUUCCCACCCAGAUUACAGCUGAUCACAGUGGAAAGCCCUGUGAUCAGUUUAUCACUGAGAUACUUCACUAACAAUCAGAUGUUUUCAAAGAUGAAUUGACAACCCCUUUUGGUAAUAAAAUCAUAUUGUCCAAUUGCUGUGCCAUAUCAUUUGAAUGCAUUGCGUUGAUUACUGCUAUAGGUGGUGGAAAGUCACUGCCUGGUUCUAGACUGACUUGCAAAGAUAUGAUUGAUAUGUGAUAUGACAAUGUUUGCUAUUACUAUAUUUAUAAUUUUUUCUGCCACUUAUUACUUUAUCCAUAAGAAGACGCACUUGCUUAUCAGCAUAAGCAUCUUAAUGUCAAAUUAAUAAAUGGAAUACAUAGACUUGCUAACAGUUAUAAUAGUUAAAGUAUUAACCAAUUUUAUUAGUAAAUAUAAUGUACCUGAUUACUAUUUUAUCAUGGUGCCAUUUAACCCCUUACCAUACUUUGACAUAAUUAUGUUUCUAGGUAAAGGCUUACACUGUGCACUGUCAUGCACAGUUAUGUUGCAGGGAAGGCAGUAUUGCCUGUAGUAGUUAUGCCCGCACCAUCGGCAGUGGUAGGUGACUGUAAUAUACAGCUGGGCCCAGAUGCCAUCGUCAAGGGCAACCACAGCAUCUAAGCGGUUAAACAGAGGGAGGCACUUAAUGCAAUCACAGGAUGCUGAUGGUUUCUAUGGCAGCUGGGGUACAUAUGCCCAUUAGAUCCUCUGGGAGGCAGGAUAUAACAGGCUGCAUGUCAGUGGUAUACUGACUAGCAGACAGAAUGUAUUUUACUACAUAAGUAGAAAAGUAUAUUAUGCAUGUAAUGAAAGGAUUGCUUCUUCAGGUUCGCUUGUGAGACUAAUAACUUUUUUUUUUACUACAUUAAGAUGUAAAAAUGGGAAAAAAAAUCACAUUUUUAUCAAUAAAAGAUUCUUUAUUAUAAGAAAGCAAAAACCACAAAAAUCUAUAUAAAUGUAGUAUUGCUGUCUUCAUAACCACCCAUCCUAUAAAGUUAUAAUCUAAUUUACCUACAUGGUGAACGUUGUAAACAAAAUUAAAAAAUAGUUGGCAAAA